AUGGAGAAUUACUUCAGAGUAAAUCAGAUAAGAGAAGACGGCCUUAAAGCAGCUACCCUGCUGCGUGUUUGUGGACAAGAAACAUUUGACAUAGCAGAGAAUCUGGUGGCCCUGGCGCUUUUGGAGUCAGUGUCUUAUGCAGAUUUAAAGAAGAUCCUGAAAGAACGUUUCCAACCUAGACUUUCAGUGAUUGCUUGGCGACACGCGUUCAAGCAGAGGGACCAGAGGCCUGAUGAGAAAGAAGAUCAGCUUCAAGAGACAGUGAAGAGAAAAUUAGAAGGAGCACGCUCACCCCUCAACGGAGAACAGCAGAAUGGUGUCUGUGAGAGAAGCUUCUCUCCAACUAAUAAGCGGAUACGGAAAGAUGUACCUGGGAUUGAGAGAGUCAACAGUUUGCCAAACAGUUUGCCUUUAUCUUCUAUUUCUCCUCUUCACCAGCUUGACCUAAAGCCAUCUUUGCCCCUGCAAAACAGUGGAGCCCAUGAGGGUACGCUGGAAGACCUAGGUAAAAAUGGUGGACUUUCUGACCUAAAACUCCCAGUCAAUGGAUGUACUGAGCUUGAAGAUAGUUUUAACAUUCUGCACAACAACAGUAGUAGCAACAAAGAACUGAAACAAGAGCCUUUGGAUGAUCCUAACUGCACUGACAAUUCUGACACAUCCCUUUCUAAUCAGAAUAAACUCUUUUCAGACAUUAACCUGAAUGAUCAGGAGUGGCAGGAAUUAAUAGAUGAGCUAGCUAACACUGUUCCAGAAGAUGAUAUACAAGAUUUGUUCAAUGAAGAUUUUGAAGAGAAAAAGGAACCUGAAUUUCCGAGACCAGCCACUGAGAUUCAGGAAACUGCCAGUGUUAAAAGUGAUCCAUGUCACUCUCCAUUUGCUCACUUACCAACAGGCUCUCCCCAGGUAAGACCUUCAUCAUCAGGGCCUCCUUUUUCAAAUAUCCCUACGGGUUCCAGCCUGCCUUCAGCCUCUAAUGGUCCUCCUGCUCCAAGCCUGGACAGUUCACUAGCAAACUGUAUGGUUCAGUCCCCUCAGACUCCCAACCAAGCACAUCCCUCAAACCAAACUCAGUCACGACCAGGCAAUAGUUUCCACAUGAAUCCAACAACAGUGACAACAGCAGGCCCAGGGCCUAGCCAAGUGACUGUGACUAGCACUGACUUGUCUCCAGCUGAGCAGUUGAAACAGAUGGCAGCCCAGCAGCAGCAGCGGGCUAAGCUCAUGCAGCAGAAACAGCAGCAGCAGCAGUCACAGCAUCCAAACCAAGUAUCUAGCUGGUCUCCAGUGGGACCUCCAUCUAGUCCGUAUGGAGGACCUUUCAGUACAGAUAAACCAAAUAGCCCGAUGAUGUACCCCCAAGCCUUUAACAACCAAAAUCCUGCAGUGCCUCCCACGGCAAACAACUCACAAAAGAAUACAAUGAAUAACUACCUCCCUCAAAACCAUAUCAAUAUGAUUAGUCAGCAGCCAAAUAAUCUGGGUACAAACUCUUUGAACAAACAAAGCAAUAUGCUUUCUUACGGCAACACUAAACCUCUGUCUCAUUUCAAUGCUGACCUUAGUCAAAGGAUCACUCCACCAAUGUCCAAUUCCAACAAGAGUCCCAUGAUGCCAUAUAUGCAGCAACAACAGCAACAGCUUCCCCAACAGCCACCAGUUCAAUCCCAAAUGACAUCUUUGAGUGAGGAGCAGAAGCGCAUGCUUAUUUUGAAGCAGAAAGGAAUGAUGAACCAGCCAGUAGCUUAUGGAACUCUUCCAUCUCUAGGUCAGGACCAGCACGCUGUGGGAUUGUCUCGAUCCACAGGUCCCAUGCAGUCCGCUGUAUCCUCAGGACCCAGUAAUGUGGGCACAAAUCCUGGCAAUGCCAAUUUCUUGGGCAACCAGCCUCAAGCAGCCAUUAUGAAGCAAAUGCUGAUUGAGCAGAGGGCCCAACUCCAAAUGAUGGAGCAGCAAAAGCAACACUUUCUUCUAAGGGAGCAACGGCAGCAGCACAUCUUGGCGGAACAACAUUUACAGCAGCAGUCACAUUUGCCUCGGCAGCACUUUCAGCAACAGCAGCGAAAUCCUUAUCCAGUCCAACCAGUCACUCAGUUUCCAGGUUCUCCACAAGAUAUAGCUGCAGUGAGAAACCAGACUGCUCUUCAGAGCAUGAGGACUUCCCGAAUGAUACCUCAGAAUGCUAGCAUGAUGUCUUUGGCGGCAUCUCAGAACACUGCAGCAAUAUCUGCAACAGGUAGCCAGUCUGAGAUGGGAAUGACUCCUUACAGCAGCCCAGUGACUGGACAGCCAGGAAUGUACAGUAUGAACUCAGGAAUGAGCCAAAUGUUGCAGCACCCAAACCAAAAUAGUAUAAAUAUAAUACACAAUCCAAGUCAGGGGCCAAGGCAGUCCAGCUCAACACAAGGAGUUGGCAUAGUCAGUAGCUUUGGUCCAAAUGUUUUAGUAAACUCUACUGUAGUUCAACAACAUCAGCAAAUGAAAGGACCUGUGGGACAAGUUAUGACCAGAUCACAAGCCCCCAGGCUUCAAAAUAUGAUGGGGUCAGUCCCACAAGGAACACCGAAUUGGCAGGUAAGAGGACUGCAAGGUAUCCCUGGAAGGACUAGCAAUGAAAUUGGAUCUUUCAAUAAUGGAUCUGCUUAUUCAAUGCAAUCAAGUCAGCCAAGGCUGCCUAAACAUUUUCCUCAAGGUAUUGGUCAAUCUAUUAUGGAUACAAAUGGAGCAGUACGGACACUGAACUCAGGUGUAGGGAGACAGAUGUUGCAACAACUCCCUGGACAACAAGGAACUAAUAACCAAUCCAGAUCAAUGGUUAUGCCUACGAUAAGUCAGGCAGUUUCUUCUCUAACUGGUUUUAAUCAAUCUCCUGCACAACAAAUACCUGGAAGUAGCUUCAAUCAGAGCAGCCAAAGUCAGAUCUACGAGAGGAAUCCCACUCAAGACAUAUCUUAUAGCUAUAGCAAUGAAGGAACUGGAGGGUCCUUUCCAAAUAUAACUGAAAACACCAAUCUUGUAGACUCCAUCAUUAAAAGUGGUCCAGGAGAUGAAUGGAUACAAGAACUUGAUGAACUGUUUGGAAAUCCAUAGCACAUGGAGAUGUUUAUUUCCAAUAUUUGUGGGGUCAAAAAAGGAAAGCAGGAUGAUGUCCAUCCUUGUUUCUUUGUUUUGUUUUUAAAGCUGUGCAAGGCUAGCUGAUCUGUGAAGGCAUAGAUGGAAUUUGAAGCAAUGACAAAAAGUCCUUGCCAACUUCCCACAGCAGUCUCCAUGCCAUAGCGUACCUGCUGCAGGUCAGAAUGAGAGAGAGACUGAGAGAGAGAGAGAGAGAAAAAGAGAGAAAAGCUCAAAAAGUGCUUCUUUCUGCCCAUGGGCCACAGAAAGUGUCAGGCAGUUUCCGUGUGCCAAAGCGCUGGCUGUCCUGUACAAUGCACUUUCUAUGCAGUUCUGUUAGAGCUGUUGUAGUUUUCAGGAUACAGAACAGGCAGCUUCUGAAAUAAAGCUAGAGAGUCAAAACUAGGUGACUGUAUAAGUGACAAACACAAAGAUCUUAACUCUGAAUUUAAUAAAUACCAAGCUUUUCCAUGCAAUGUGUGUAAUCUGAUAGAGAAUUACAUAAAGAUUGUUUCAAUGUGAUGAUGAUGAUGAUAUCAGGGUUGAAUGAGUUCAGUUGGUGCCCUAUCAAUGCUUCUUAAGGUCCAUGAUGGAUUCUAGUAAAAGAGCUUGUCUUUUCUCUAUUGUCCAUUUCCUGCAUAAUCAAGUGAUUCCUGACUCAUUAAGUAUGAGGAAAAACACAACGCAGGACAAACAAGAUUGUAUAAUAAUUGUAUUACUCACUAGCUGCCUCCAAAGAUAGUGAUGCAAUACAAAAGUAAUUGGAAAAAGGGAGAUAGGUCUAAGGAAAUGAAAACAUUGAUAUUGAUCCUGUAUUCUGGAAAUACAGGAUCAAGUGAGGUUGGCUUGAUCUUCCAAAGAUGUCAUGAGAAUCAAGGAACAACUGCUCUAAAGAUCACACAGAAAUGGGCUAACAGCUGUAUUGGCUGUCAUAUGCAGUACAUUGAACACCUCUAUCAAAGCAUCCCUUGACAGAUUGAGAGUGAGUUUAUGCUCUAUGUUCUUCAAACACAUGUCCUCUUUUCUACACCUCCUACUUUCUACAAGCCCUAAGCUCUUUAAAAUGACUAAAUUGAUCAAUGAAAACAAAAUAAAAAAUAAAAUAAAAAUCCAUUAAUGUAAUUUUUAGUAGCAGUUGUAUAUAAGUAUUUGACAUUGCAAAUAUUUUUCAUAGAUUUGUGCAAUUUGAAGUACUAGAAUUUAACUGCAAUUAUUUUAGGUCCUUAAGAGUCUAGAUUGGCAUUACUUGUAACAUUGGAAAUUGAAUGUGUGACCACCUAUCUGUAUAUUGAACAUGGGGUUCAUGUUAAAUACAUCCACAUCCAGAGCAUUCUCAGGGUCUGAUUUAUCUGUUUCUCUUAAGUUUUCCAUCUAGGCAAAUUUGUUUUUAGAGAUAAAUUUUUAGAAGAAUAGCAGCAGACAGUGAGGGGACUUUGCCAUUCAUUCUUUGGUUCAUGACAUUCUCUGAUCGUAUCUCUUAUACAUUUCCAGGUUAAGAUUACCAUGCAUGUUGGAAGAAAUGUUUUGAAAAGCUCAAAAAGCAUGUAGAGAAGCACUGAACACUUCAUUUAUCCAUAAUUUUCCCCCUCUAGAAACAGCUUUUCCCGAAAAAUGAAGGAGGGGGCAGGGUUUUAGUUAUGUGUUUUACUUAAAUAAUAUUUAGCCCAUCAAACACUUCGUGUUGGGAUAUAAGAUUUAAAUAGCAUAGAUCUAAAAUUCCUGUAUCAGGCGCAUAUCCUACUGCAAUUACUGGCAGAGUUUUUGCUGAUUCUUAUGAGAGUUAAUUUCUUGUCAGUACUAAAAUAUAAAUUGACCAGUGCAUUUGCACAUUGGUACCGUAGAUUAGACAUUUGGCCAAAAAAUUGCGUGCUUAUAACAGAUAGAUUUUAUCAUGCACUCAGUGCACAGUGUGCAAAUUGAGUUCUGAUCAUAGCACUAGUGGACUGCAUGUAAAGAUCCAAAGAAUUUUUAAUCCACACAUUUAUUCAAUUUAUUUAAUAAAAUUAUACCACAUUCAGAUGAAAGAGAGAAAAAAAUUGAAGCUUUUGUGCAGUGUAGCAGUCAGACGAAGCUGAAAAAUGUGACCAGUUAAGUAUGGAAAAAUUAGGAAAGAAGUUAAGUGAAUGUUUUUAUCAUCUCCCUCAAUCUCCUGGAAAGAUUGAUAAGAGAGGACUUAUGGUGCAAUCUUAUAUAUGUUUAUUCAGAAAUAGGUUCCAUUUUCUUUGAGCUAAACCCGGUAAGGUGCUAUAGGAUUGCAACAUUAAAACAUGAGUUUCAUCUACACAAAUUCUAGUAAGUUCCAUUUUAUUAGAAUAAUAGAGAAAUUAACUUUGUGUCUGAUAAUGCACUCAUACAAAGUUUAUUAUAUUUGUAAAUUUUCCUCCAAAUACUUUAAACUGGGACCAAGUAAUAAAAAAAUACUGUUUAAUAUCGGUGCGGGUGGUGGCUCUUUUUAACUAUGGUGCUGGUGUACAUGAAAAGGUUUUUUUAAAAAAAUAUUUGUAAAUAUGUUUUUACAAUCUGCUGAUAUCAUUGGGUGUAGUCUGUAAAAUAGAAGCAUAUAAAUAAAUAUUGUAUUAUAUUAUGCUAUAUAUAUAUGUAUUUAAAUAUAUAUUCGUGGACACACAAACAUGCAAACACAGACAUAUAUAUGUAAUAUCUUUGUUUAAAAUACAAUUUUUUUCAUGUAUCUAUACUGCAGUGAUACUGCACUUCAGAUGUCCUGUUAUCAGUUUGUACUGUAUCCUAGCCAGCAACUUGUUCCAUUUUAUUCAAACUUUUCCUGAUUUACCUUUUUCCACUUUUCACAUUGAACAUUGCUUAUUUCAUUUUGAUAAUUGUACAGAACUCUUAAAAUAUAGAAAUGAACUAAUAACAU